CCGGCGACGCGCGACGCGCACAGUAGCGUUCCGUAAUUUCACGUUAGCGAAUGGAGAGUGCGCACGCGAGUGGUCGCGCGCGAAUGUGCCGAUUCUUACAUAUCGAGUGUCAUCGUCGUCCUGUGUGUCACGCGUGUCACGCGUCGCGAGUGAUCGAACAACGAAUUUAGCCACCCGUCCCCCAUCCGCGCCGCCCUUCGACUCCAGGAAGAAUCGAAGAGAAGAACAGUGGCAGAGCAGUGACAGCGGGCAGCAAGUGGAAGAAGAGGCAUGGAGAGGUUUCGCGUAACGCCGGCGAGCAACGCCGCGAGCUACAGUCCGCAGUCGGUGCGCGAUUAUGACCAGCAGCUGAAUGGUACGCAGUUGGAACAUCUGGUACCGAUAUCUACAAGCGCGUGCGAUGGAGGUGGCGCAGGCGGAGAUGGCGAUCCCAUUGUCAGCACCAAUUCCGAGAAGAAGUCAGGAUAUGAGACCAAUCUGUAUCUCUACAGUGAGGAGAUGGAGGACCGGCCGCGGAUCUCGACAUUGCUCAACAGCUUGGCGAACUACAGCAACACCAUCCCUGCCGCGACCGACCCGGAUAAACCGGCCCCGGCUGCGGGAGGCGGAGCACGAAUGGGUACCCUCAUAGGUGUUUACUUACCGUGUAUCCAGAACAUCUUUGGUGUGAUCCUCUUUAUCCGUCUGACAUGGGUAGUCGGUACGGCCGGCGCUAUUCAGGGCUUCUGCAUCGUGCUCUGUUGCUGUUGCGUUACGAUGCUGACGGCGAUCAGUAUGAGUGCCAUCGCUACUAAUGGUGUGGUGCCGGCCGGUGGUUCCUACUUCAUGAUCUCGAGGAGCUUAGGCCCGGAAUUCGGCGGCGCGGUGGGUAUGUUAUUUUAUACUGGCACCACCUUGGCCGCCGCGAUGUACAUCAUCGGUGCCGUCGAGAUCGUCCUCACUUACAUGGCGCCGUCACUCAGCAUAUUCGGCGACUUCACGAAAGACGCCAGCAUUAUGUACAACAACUUUCGUGUAUACGGCUCCGUCUUACUGAUGAUAAUGGGCACGAUUGUCUUCGUGGGUGUGAAGUUCGUUAACAAGUUCGCCACCGUCGCACUGGCCUGCGUCAUUUUAUCCAUCCUCGCUGUUUACGUGGGACUCUUCGUAAACUUUAACGGCAACGAGUCUCUGAAAUUAUGUCUGCUCGGCAGAAGGCUAUUAAAGGACAUCAACGUUUUAACAGAUUGCAAUAAAAAUUUCAACGGUGUUUUGCACAAUAUUUACUGUAAUGGCACGAAAUGCGAUUCGUAUUAUGCCGAGAACAAUAUUACCAUCGCCAACGGUAUCCGCGGCUUGGCGAGCGGCGUGUUCCUAGAGAACAUAUGGGACAGUUUCCAAGAGCAGGGUCAAUUAAUCGCUCACGGAUAUAAUCCAAAGGACGUCGAUGUCCUGUCGGGAUCCAGCUACAACCAGAUCCAGGUCGAUCUCACCACGACCUUUACUAUUCUCAUCGGCAUAUUUUUCCCUUCCGUGACGGGUAUUAUGGCGGGCUCUAACCGAUCCGGUGAUCUAGCUGACGCUCAAAAAUCCAUUCCGAUCGGAACGAUCUGCGCGAUCUUAACGACCUCCACCGUCUAUCUGUCCAGCGUCCUUCUAUUUGCCGGGACUGUUGACAAUCUGCUGCUACGUGACAAGUUCGGUCAGAGUAUCGGCGGCAAGUUGGUGGUGGCAAAUAUGGCGUGGCCGAAUCAGUGGGUAAUCCUGAUCGGUUCGUUUCUGUCCACCUUGGGUGCCGGUCUGCAAUCUUUGACAGGAGCACCGCGAUUACUACAGGCAAUCGCCAAGGAUGGCAUCAUUCCCUUCCUGAAGCCAUUCGCUACCAGUUCCAGUCGAGGCGAACCUACUCGUGCUUUGAUACUCACUGUAGGAAUUUGCCAGUGCGGUAUCCUACUUGGCAAUGUGGACUACCUGGCACCAUUGUUAUCCAUGUUCUUCCUCAUGUGCUACGGCUUUGUCAAUCUUGCCUGUGCACUGCAGACUCUGCUGCGUACGCCAAAUUGGCGGCCACGCUUCAAAUAUUAUCAUUGGAGCCUGUCGUUCCUUGGCCUGUCGCUUUGCAUCGCUAUCAUGUUCAUGACUAGCUGGUAUUACGCAUUACUAGCGAUGGGUAUGGCCGGCUGCAUCUACAAGUAUAUAGAAUAUCGCGGUGCCGAGAAGGAAUGGGGUGACGGUAUUCGCGGUUUGGCGUUAUCCGCUGCCAGGUACUCGCUGCUCAGGCUCGAAGAGGGUCCACCACACACGAAGAACUGGCGUCCACAGAUCCUGAUCCUCGCCAAACUUACAGAUGAUUUGGUGCCUAAAUAUCGCAAGCUCUUCGCAUUCGCUAGUCAGCUUAAGGCUGGCAAGGGUCUCACCAUUAGCGUCAGCUGUAUCGCCGGUGACUAUACACAGAACUCGGGUGAAGCACUAGCGGCCAAGCAGAGCCUGAAGAAAACUGCGGCGGAAGAAAAAGUGAAGGGCUUCGUCGAUGUUCUUGUUGCGAAAAAUGUUGUCGAAGGGCUGAGCUCAUUAAUACAAAACACUGGGCUUGGCGGACUAAAACCGAAUACAGUGAUAUUGGGUUGGCCUUAUGGUUGGCGACAGUCGGAAGAGGAUAGAACCUGGCGAGUCUUCCUGCAGACCGUAAGGAGCGUCGCAGCCGCGAAGAUGGCAUUGCUAGUGCCCAAAGGAAUAAACUUUUUCCCGGACUCUAGCGAGAAGAUAAUCGGCAACAUUGACGUCUGGUGGAUUGUGCACGAUGGCGGCCUAUUAAUGCUACUGCCGUUCUUACUGAAGCAACAUCGUACCUGGAAGAACUGUAAGAUGAGGAUUUUUACGGUCGCGCAAAUGGAGGACAACUCAAUACAGAUGAAGAAAGAUUUAAAGAAGUUCUUGUACGACCUGAGAAUCGAGGCGGAAGUCGAGAUUGUCGAAAUGACGAACACCGACAUCUCCGCGUACACAUACGAACGCACUUUGAUUAUGGAGCAAAGAAAUCAGAUGCUACGCGAGUUGCAACUAAACAAGAAGCAGUCAUUAGGAGUGGUGCAGGGAUUGGUGGACUUCAACGAGGUACCCGCCGAGGAAAAAUUACCUCUGGUACAGGCGAUCGUAGAUCAUCAUCACAACGUGGAUGCCAAAGUGCCAACGAAAGUGAGAUUCCAAGAGCCGGGUAACCAGAGUACAAACAUAACCGACGACACGAAGCUGAUGCAGGAAACCGAAUUAAAUAACAAGGAGGACGCUGAAGAGGAGGCAAACGAUAAAGACGAAGCUAAAGAGAAUAACGAAGAGACACAGCUGAUUGGCGGCUCGCCCAAAGCAGAGAAUAAAGAGAAUACGGAGAAGGAAGCGAAGGAGGCGGAGGCGAAAGAGACAGAAAACGACGCGCAGGAAAACAAAAACCAAAGUCCGGAGAUUAAGAAACCCACAAUUACACCCGACGAGGGUGACGUGAGACGUAUGCAUACUUCGUUGAAGCUGAACGAAGUAAUCCGUAAAAUGAGCAGUGAGGCUCAACUGGUAAUCCUGAAUCUUCCCGGACCGCCGCGAGACACGAGGAUGGAGCGUGAAUCUAAUUAUAUGGAAUUCCUCGAGGUGCUCACCGAAGGCUUAGAAAGGGUACUGAUGGUGCGGGGUAGCGGACGGGAGGUGAUUACCAUCUACUCGUGAACUAAAACGACGGGAAUUGAUGCCGUUGCCUUGCGGAAGCAGAGCUCUAGUUUACUUCUCAGUGACCUAAACGACACUACCUUAAGGAACAUACUACUCUUGUGCCAUUGUCUGCGGCAGUCACUUGCGCCGCGCACUCUGAAAGUCGUUAAGGAGAAGAGGAUGACGACGAUGACGACGAUCGUUCAUAUCGGAUAUGGAAAAGAAAGUUUUACUGAAGCUGACUUAUUAUGUGGACCGCGACGACCAUUCGUCAUCCGAUGAUGAAGCCAAACGCGAUGAUGCCAAAGGAUAGGUUUUUCUUCGAAUGAAUUUUUGAGCGUAGAACGUGCGAGUUUAUGUGUCAGGUAUGUACGCGUUAGAAGAGGGUCGCAUACGGUAGCGAAAGCUGCUCAAAUUCGAAUUCAACAACCUGUCGAGCUCGGCCGAACUCGCUGGACAGAGCACACUGUGCAUCUCUCAAAAAAAUUGCCGGUACAAAAAAAAAACUGUAGCUCAAUGAGACCCAAGUCCCGAGUAAAACGUCACUUCGAUUCAAUUUUCGCAACUACUAAAAACCACGUCUAAAACGAAGAAGAAAAUAAAAGUAAGAAAAUGGCAAAGAAACAGGGGGGGAAAAAUCAAAAUUUGGUCCGAGGCUAAGGUCGAAGCAUCUACGAAACCACUGCCAGACUACUUUCUAAAUGCUUCGCGUUUAACCAAAGACGCGAGAGGCUCAUUUUUCUACAUGCAUUGUCGUUAAUAGGGAAAGAAUAAGAGUAGGUACGUAUAUAAUUUUAUUGCUUGUUAUAGGUGAAUCUAGAGUAGCCUAGGAUAGUGCCGACUUUUAUUAUGGUUAUAUAAUAUAUAUGUGUAUUUGAUAAUAGAAAACGACGAGUAUGUCGCGAGUAUUAUUGCAUUACCUUCGGGGAUUGGGACCCCGCUCUUUUUUCCAGUCUCGCGCGAAAAUCUUUACGUACAUACACACAUGCAGGACGUACAGACACAUAUUCGUACACAUAUUCGCGCGCGUUUGUAUCGUCUUUAAGGCCUACUGGUCCAAGAUGCCACUACCACUUAAUCGAUAACACCAAGUGAAAUUGAAUCGUGACACGAGGAGUGCAACCCGAAAGACUCAAUACCAAAAAUACGCGGCGAUCUUACCGAAUCUCAUCGAAAAAAA